GAUGCUCAAAAGGAAAAAGAAAAUAAGGUCAAUUUUAAAGUCUGAAACUCUUAGGUUACUUGGACGAGACAAUGUUGUCAUUUUAGAUGCUGCAAAUUAUAUAAAAGGUUACCGUUAUGAGCUGUACUGUGCGUCAAAAAACAGCAAGACGACCCAAGUGACUGUGGGAGUGUGUUGUGAAUACAGAGCAGGCAUGGGAGUGGGAAUCUAG